AUGGGCAUCGUAGCUCGCGAUAAGACUCGCCGCCUCUGUCACUUACCAGAUCUGGUAAGAGCAGCAGAGUCAGCAGGGUUCGAGGUGCGCGUGCUGCAGUUUGAAAAGUACGACGUGUGGCAGCAGAUUCGUGAGGCACACCGACUGGAUGUUCUGGCAGGCAGCCAUGGAGCAGGCAUGAGUAACCUCAUCUGGUUACCACCCCAUGGUCAAGUCUUGGAGAUCUAUCCUGCGCGCCCCACUCCCUUCCUCCUCCCGGCCCGCAACCUCAACCCCGCUUCUGACUAUGGCCGUUGGGCCAGCCUCUUUCGGGUCGAUCAUGCUGUUGCGCUGCAGUGCCCGUUGCAGGAUGAACAGUGCCAGGUGGGCGAGCAGGUGGAGGAUCAGGUGGGGGAACAGAGGGGAAGCGACAUGGGGAAUCAGGUGGAUGAGGAGGAGGGAAAUCAGGUGAAUUCAGCAGAAGCUGAAGAGAGGUUUGUUGCAGCUUUAAAUCCAGCAGGUUUCUCUGGGGAAGAGGAACCAGGCGACAUUCUCAGCUUUGACAUUCCAGAGCCGUCGUCUAGUGCUCCGAUAAGAGAAAAGCACCGUGGAGUCACUGCGAUCGCCGAGGACAUCAACGGUCAGAAUCUUAUCCCGAUCUACCUGGACGGCUCAGAUCCUUCCGUGAUCGAGACCAUCGCAUCGGGCGGCUGCAAAGCCGGGAGAUGCCCCGAGUUCCACAUUUGCGAAGGAACCACUCCUUUCGGCAGCGGCUCGGGGAACUUCGCGCUCUGCGAAAGCAAACCGCUGAUGACGUCAGCAGUGGAAAAGACGAUUGAAAACAUGGACUUUAAUCUACUAUCUGACGUCACCCCGGUGUCCAAUUGCCUGGAUGGUUCCGCCAUUGAAAAGCUCCGCGCGGGGGGAGCUUCCGCCGCGCACCCCCCUUGGUUCCGCACAUGCCCUCCGCAAAACCCUUCCGCCGAUCCUUCCGCCGCUGGCGCAAGCUCCGCCGCCGCCGCCGCCGCUGGGGCUGCUGGGGGAAGCGGGAAGCUAGAGUCCUGCGUAGUGUCUCCUUAUCCCGGCCACGUCAUCAUGCUCCGUGACGUGUACGUCGAUCUGCACGGCCACGUGUUCAACAGCACGCACCGCUUCGUCUUCGGCGGGGGUCCACGGGGUUCCGACGUGUCCGGAAAACCAGGAGAGGGCGCCACGAGCGAGUUCUCUUAUCCGAAGGGGACUACAGCGGUGGUAUACGAGCACGUGUUGCAUCUCUUUCCCCCCCAUAUAAGCACAUCCGUGCACUCGCGCGCGCACGGGGAAGCAGCAGGCGCGGAAGGGGGGGAACGGGGGGAGGGGCGCGAGGCAAGGGGGGAGUCGGUGCGCGGACGAGCGGCAAUCUAUAGGUGGAUGGUGGAGUGGCUGUUACCGGGGCUUAUGGCGGUUCAUGAUGCCAUGCCGAGUUUUGAACACUACCCCAUGCUGCUGCCCUACUCGCAGUCUCUUCGCAUCAUGAGCCAUCAACUGUUUGGUUUCGACCUCGCCUCACGGGCGCUGCACGCACCCCCAAAGUUCGGCCCGGGGGGAGGGGACGGGGCGAGGGAGGCACACCCCCUCUUCGCUCACUUCCUCUUUGUUGUGAGCGCCCUGCCUCACCUCACCUUCACACCACACCCUCCUCCCCUCUUCCACCUCGCCCCCUCCGUUCCGCUCCCCCGCUCCCCCCAGGCAGCCCUCAUUCCUCUCCUGCGCCUCCCCCUCCCCCUCUCUCCUCCGCCUGGCCCGCGCCCGCCACUUCCUCCCCCCAGACGGCCUCCCCUCCUUCCUCCCCUCCUUCCUCCCCUCCUUCCUCCCCUCCUUCUUCCCCUCUUUAUGUCUUUCUGCUCUUUCUGCUGCGUAACACCUUACUUACUCCCCUCCUCCCAUGCGCUCCCCUCGUUCCCCCUCUCCCCCCCCCACCACCCCCACCCCCCCUCCCCCCAGGCAGCCCUCAUUCCUCUCCUGCGCCUCCCCCUCCCCUUCCCUCCUCCGCCUGGCCCGCGCCCGCCACUUCCUCCCCCCGACGGCCUCCCCUCCUUCCUCCCCUCCUUCAAACCCUACUCCCCCCCGCCCCUCUUCCUGUCCGCGGAUGGGCUAUCCGCGGGGGGGGAGUGGCUGGUGGUGGUGGUGCGGACGGGGUUAGGGGGAGUGGGGGAGAGUGGGGGGGGAGGGGGGGGAGGGGGGGCAGUGGUGGAGGAGGAGGAGGAGAUUGAGAGAGUGGUGGUGGGGAGGUUUGGGGCGGAGAGAGUGGAGAGCUAUCAAGGUCACAUGGGGAUGGACGAUGUGAAGAAGCUCUUCAAUCGAGCUCGCCUUCUCAUCGGCCCCUCCAGCCUCGCACUCUCCUCGCUCCUCUUUCUGCCUUUCAAUGCGGCCCUGCUCGAGCUGCUUCCGCCUCCGCCGUUAAACACUUCUGUUCCUGCUGCCCUUCACAUCCCACCAGUUAUCGACUCUUUUUUGACUGCUCACUCCUCUCCUCGCUCCACUUCCUGCCCUUCAAUGCGGCCCUGCUCGAACUGCUUCCGCCUGCUCGAGCUCCUGUCUCCUCUGCCGCUAAACACUUCUGCUCCUGCUGGUAAUGCAUUUACCCCUUCGACUGCUCACUCCUCUCCUUGCUCCUCCUCGCCCUCUCCUCCCUCCGCUUCCUCUCCUCCCUCCUCUCCUCUUCCUCUCCUCUUCGUCUCCUCGCUCCACUUCCUGCCCAAUGCUGUUCUGCUCGAGCUGCUUCCUCCUCCCGCUCUCAACACCUCUGCUACUGCUGGUUCGGCAAUCGACCCUGAAGGGUUUGGCACGCUGGCAGCAGCAGCAGGGAUUGUUCGGUAUGCCGUGCCUUGUGAUCCUGGAGUGGUGGGUGCUGCUAAUGCCGUAGCAGCAGCAGCAGCAGGAGGAGGAGGAGGAGGAGGAGGAGGAGGAGGAGGAGGAGGAGGAGGAGGAGGAGGAGGAGGAGGAGGAGGAGGAGGAGGAGGAGGAGGAGGAGGAGGAGGAGGAGGAGGAGGAGGAGGAGGAGGAGGAGGAGGAGGGGGGAGGGGGGAGGCAGGGGCAGGAGCAGCAGCAGAAACAGCAGGAGCAGCAGGAACAGCAGGAGCGUCGGGCAGCAUGUCUUGUAGGCUUCAACUGGUGGAGGCGGCACUUGAUGAGAUCAUGAGCGCACACUUCAGCGAUGUCAAACGGUCAGGAGGGGUGGACGGCGGUGCAGGAGGAGGAACGGGAGGAGCUGCUACUGCCUCUUCUUCUGCCUCCUCUGCAAUAUCAUCCCCUUCCCCAUCCCCACAACCGUCAUCACCAGCAGCAACAGUAGCAGCACCGCCACCACCGCCACCAUCACAACCACCACCAUCACCACCACCAGCAGCAGCAGCACCAGCAGCACCACCUGCAGUGGUUGUCACCCACCCGACCCGCAGCUCCCCUGGUUCAGAGAAGGACGAAGGGCCUCAACCCUCCCCUUGGUACGAGCUAAACGAGCAGCAGUGGGACGAGCACAGGGAGAAGAUUGCAGCAGCAGAGGGGGGCGCAGGGGCGUUUGAGACGCGGCUGUUUAACCUCACGGUGCCGCCUGAAAAGGACGAGACAGAGGACGGGGCAGGGGGAGGAGGGGAAAGAGGAGAAGGAGCAAGAGGGGGUGUGAGUGAGGAGGGGAGUGGGAACCAGACAACAGCGGGAAAGUCCCGUUCUCCUCCUCUGUUUCCGGAUUACUCGGAUCAUAUCCCAGGCACUCGCUUGCACACCAAGCGCCAAGUGCUGCUUUUCAACAAGUGGAUGGAGUGUGUGUUGAGGGAGGGGCGGUGGGUGUUUAAUGCCACGCCUCGCACUCUACCCUGGGAAUACACGGGUUUUAUGAACAUGUGCGAUCAUAAGCAGGUGGAGAAGCGGAAGGGGAAGGCGGCCUGGGGUGCAGAUGAGCUAGUGCUGAAAGGGACGAGUCCGGAUAAGUGGACGGUAAGAGAAACUCUUAAGUAUGAGUUUUUGGUUCCUGAGGAUAAGUGUGGGUCUGCGGCUCUUAAGAAAGUAGUGGAUGCAGAGUUAGGGGCGUUUGCCGAGAAUCCUGCUGCUGCUGGUGGCGGUGGCAGUGGUGGUAGUGAUGCUGGCACGAACGGCAGCAGCAGCAGCGACGCGGGUGCGUUCGCCAUGCAUUUCACCUCCAACCGCUGGCUCACAGUGGGAGACACCUUCGUCGCCAAAGAAAGCGUUCCCUGGUCCCAACACGGUGCCUUAGUCGACUCAGACGUGCUUCUGAUUAAUAGAGGAGCACAUUAUACUGAUGAUGAGGCUUACGUGAGGGACGUGCGGCGCGCGCUGCGAUUCGUCCGGAGGAAUUUUCCGGAUAAGUUGAUUAUCUACAGGAACACUCCGCCGGGGCAUUUCAAUUGUACGGAGAAUCUGGGGCCGUUGAUGGAACGACAGCCGAAGGAGAUUUUGCCGUUUAAUUGGGGCGGGUUUAUGCGGCAAAAUGAGCUGGCGAGACGGUUGGUGGCGGAAGUGGGAGGGAUUUAUAUGGAUGUGGAGGGGGGUAUGGCUUUAAGGCCGGAUGGGCAUACCAGCUGGUUUGAAGAAACGCCUCGGGAUUGCCUGCAUUACUGUACUCCAGGGCCCAUGGAUUUUUACGCGCAAUUUGUUUACAACAUAUUGCUGCAUACUGUUCUGUAA